CUUCAACCUCAUUGCCUAGGCCCCCCAAAUAGCUUUGCUUCGCCACAUACUUUCUCUUUCUCUCACUUCCUCAAACACUCCCUCCGCAAUGUCUGCACCACCAGUGGAUUACUACGCGGCUCUCGAGAUUGACUCUAAAGCAACCCAACAGCAGAUCCGCGAUGCAUACAAAAAGGCAGCACUAAAACACCACCCCGACCGCGUCCCCUCAGACUCACCCGAACGUUCUUCCCGAACCAAAAAGUUCCAACAAAUAAACGACGCCUAUUACACACUCUCGGACCUAACUCGCCGUCACGACUACGAUGCCACUCGCAAUUUCCAUUCCUUCCCUGGCUCCACUAACGAUUCAACGGAUGAAUUCGAAUAUGAAGAAGAAAUCCCCCGAGCCCCACCAGGAGGCUUCCCUUGGUCCGCAUUCGGCUUCGGUUCUGCACCCGCUGGCAACACAGAGGACAGCCACAACCGCUUCUCGAACGAGCAGUUUGGUGGCGUAUUCGAGGAAAUGCUGAGAGAGGAGGGUAUGGCGGAAGGUGAUCGCGCAACGCCCACCGGCAAGUUCUGGGGUAUUGUGGGCGGACUGAGUGGUGGGGCUAUGGGGUUCAUUGUCGCCAAUUUCCCGGGGAUGGUUGCUGGUGCGGUGGCAGGGAAUAGAUUAGGGGCCGUAAGAGACGCGAAGGGCAAGAGUGUCUAUGCGGUGUUCAGCGAAUUACCGCAGGCAGAUAAGGCAAGGCUGUUGAGCGAUCUUGCUGCGAAGGUGUUUGCGCAUGCGGUUGGAUCAUAGACUUGAAGCUACAAGGAAGGGGUUCAGAAGGAUACAUACAUGAAAGUUACUGGUUCCUCGGCGCUAAGAAAGACUGCGGAAUUUUUGACUUGGGUUUCGGACAGCAAGCAGGAGUAAUGGUUGGAUGGCUAGCUGCGAUGGUCUUUGGAAAAGAUAUUCUCCUGUUUGUUUAUUGGAUUCUAAAUUGGAUGCUAUAGUAUAG